AUGAAUCUCUUCGUCAUCCUUACUACCAUAACGUCGCUCGCAAUUGCUGCACCCGCCACCAAAGACCCCUACCCAGCCCCAUGCGGCCGAUCAAUCCCUUCGGGUAUCUGCACUACUCAGGAUACUUGCUAUAAGAAGGGAGGCUUCUACGUGCAACGAGAUUGUCAAUUCUAUAACGUCCUGGAUAUUGGGUGUUGCUAUGAUAUUCCGGAUGGGAAGUAG